GUGAUAAUUUAAUGUCUGAAGUCGGCAUAGAACUGUGUGCUCCUUUUGAUGGUCAAGAGACCAUUGUAACAGUCUAACUACUAAGCCGAUGAAUUAAGUGGACCGCACUUUUAGUGAGGGCAGUGAAAAAGCGCACUAACUCUUCUGGGUCACGCAGUGGUACUAAUUCAUGGGUAGUCCUAUUUCCAAAUGGCCACAUAGCGGUAUUGAUCUAAUUUGCAACUCCAUUUUAAGUCUAUUAUCUUAAAGCAGAGCUACUCUUCAAAUUAAUUUGAGCGAAUAAUGUCAAUAGUCUACUUUUCGAAUCCGUUAGCCUAUAGAGCUAGGCAUAUUAACACCAUGGGAGUUAAAGAUAGAGAUAAGGUAUGGGUGGUGAUAAUAGAAAAAACCGUUAGAAACAUCGGAUGUGUCACUUUCUUUCUUUCUAUCACUGCUAACCUGAUAAAGGCAAUGGAAUUAUUACACUUAGUAGGCUAUUUCUUCAUGCACCGCAUUCCAAUUGUGCAUUUAGUCUAACUUAAAUUCGUGAUAAAUAUGUUUGAAUUUAUAAGCAUUGUGUGUUGAAGCAUGCGCAGACCUCUUCCUUGUUUAUCCUCGUCAUCAAUUGUGGGAGGGGAUGAGUUUGCGUGCGUGCGCUGGUGUCAGAAAGCACAGACCGUCAGGACGAAGGAAAAAACGGAGGAGAGAAAGGGAAAACUGAGAAUGAAACGGCCAUCGUCGGAGUUGGAACAAUCAUUUAUCUGAAGGAAUUACAUUUCAUUCCUCAAACAAUGCAAAAUAUACAUUGGGAAAUGGAAUGAAAAUAUUUCCGUGCAGUUGAAGCCGUUAUCUGCUGGAAUAGGCAAAGCAAGUGGGCAGGAGAUACCGUUAUUAUUUAGAUGCGAGAGCCCAAUUAAAUCAAGAAAAAAGGAGGGAGUUGUGUCUAUUGCUCUUCUUAAGGACCCAGGGUUCAGUGAGCAAAACUACAUCGCUUUUGUAGAUCGUUGCUGAUCAUUGUCAUUCAAACUCGUCUGAAGGUGGACACAUUCAGCUCAUUUUCCCUCUGUAAUUAAUGGUGUUGAUCUUGUGAAUUUCCUUAUUCUAUUGUACUGGGCGAUAACUUGCCAAAGGAUGCCGGACCAGAUAUCGGUGUCCGAGUUUCUCUCGGAGACAACGGAGGAUUACAACUCUCCCACUACAUCAAGCUUCACCACCCGAUUGCAGAGCUGCCGAAACACGGUCAACGUUCUGGAAGAGGCGCUGGAUCAGGAUCGCAACGCCUUGCAGAAGGUGAAGAAGUCUGUCAAAGCCAUCUACAACUCGGGUCAAGAUCAUGUGCAGAAUGAAGAGAACUACAGCCAGGCGCUGGACAGGUUUGGCAGCAACUUCAUCAGCCGGGACUCCUCUGACCUGGGAUCGGCCUUCAUCAAGUUCUCCAGCCUCAUCAAGGAGCUGGCAGCCCUGCUCAAGAACCUGCUACAGAGUCUGAGCCAUAAUGUGAUCUUCACCCUGGAUUCUCUGCUCAAAGGGGACCUGAAGGGAGUGAAAGGGGAUAUAAAGAAGCCCUUUGACAAAGCCUGGAAGGACUAUGAGACCAAGUUCACAAAGAUUGAGAAGGAGAAGAGGGAGCACGCCAAGCAGCACGGAAUGAUCCGGACGGAGAUCACUGGCGCUGAGAUCGCCGAGGAGAUGGAGAAAGAGAGGCGUAUCUUUCAGCUGCAGAUGUGCGAGUAUCUGAUCAAAGUCAACGAGAUCAAGACUAAGAAGGGAGUUGACCUGCUUCAGAACCUCAUUAAGUACUAUCACGCUCAGUGCAACUUCUUUCAGGAUGGUCUGAAAACCGCUGACAAGAUGAAGCAGUACAUCGACAAGCUUGCCGCUGACCUCUACAAUAUCAAGCAGACCCAGGAUGAGGAGAAGAAGCAGCUGACAGCUCUGAGGGACCUGCUGAAGUCCUCUCUGCAGCUGGACCAGAAAGAGUCUAGGAGAGACUCCCAGAGCAAGCAGAGUGGCUACAGCAUGCACCAGCUGCAGGGCAACAAGGAGUUUGGCAGCGAGAAGAAGGGCUACCUGCUGAAGAAGAGUGAUGGCCUCCGUAAGGUGUGGCAGCGCAGGAAGUGCUCCGUGAAGAAUGGCAUCCUCACCAUCUCCCACGCCACGUCCAACAGGCAGCCGGUUCGGCUCAACCUGCUCACCUGCCAGGUGAAACCCACCGGGGAAGACAAGAAGUGCUUUGACCUGAUCUCCCACAACCGCACAUAUCACUUCCAGGCAGAGGAUGAGCAGGAGUUUGUGAUCUGGAUCUCUGUGCUGACCAACAGUAAGGAGGAGGCCCUGAAUAUGGCCUUUCAGGGCGGCCAGAGUGCCGGGGAUGACACCUUUGAGGACCUGACCAAAGCCAUCAUAGAGGACCUGUUACGCAUGCCUGGCAAUGAAGUCUGCUGCGACUGUGGGGCUCCUGAGCCCAAAUGGCUGUCCACAAACCUGGGCAUCCUGACCUGCAUUGAGUGCUCUGGAAUCCAUCGGGAGAUGGGGGUGCACAUCUCACGCAUUCAGUCCAUGGAGCUCGACAAACUAGGGACCUCAGAACUCUUGCUGGCCAAGACUGUAGGGAAUAGCAGUUUUAAUGAGAUUCUGGAAGGGCAUCUUCCCAGUCCUUCACCAAAGCCCACACCAACCAGUGACAUGACUGAGAGGAAGGAGUACAUCUACGCCAAGUACGUGGAGCACCGCUACGCCCGCCGGACGGCCUCCACGGCGACGGCGCGCCAGGGCGACCUGUACGAGGCGGUGCGGACGCGCGACCUGCCGGGGCUCAUCCAGCUCUACGCCGACGGGGUGGAGCUGACCGACCCCUUUCUGGAGGCCGGACAGGACCCUGGGGAAACCGCCCUACAUUUUGCUGUCCGAACCGCAGACCAGACAUCUCUUCACCUGGUGGAUUUCCUCGUCCAAAACAGUGGGACCUUGGACAGGCAGACUGACAGUGGGAACACAGCUCUCCACUAUGGCUGCCUCUAUGAGAAACAGGAGUGUCUCAAGCUGUUGCUCAGGGGCAAACCAGCCAUUGAUAUUGCCAACCAGAAUGGAGAGACUGCCCUGGACAUCGCCAGGAGGCUGAAGAACUCCCAGUGUGAAGAACCUCUUCUGGAGGCUGCAGCAGGGAAGUUCAACCAACAUGUUCACGUGGAGUACGAGUGGAACUUGCGUCUGGAGGAGAUAGAUGAGAGCGACGAUGACCUGGAUGACAAGCCCAGCCCGGUGAAGAAGGAGCGCUCCCCGCGGCCCCAGAGCUUCUGCCACUCCUCCAGCGUGUCCCCCCAGGAGAAGCUGUCCCUGCCGGGCUACCUGGGCCACAAGCAGCGGCUCUCCUACGGGGCCUUCGCCAACCCCGUCUACAGCACCUCCACCGACACGCCGGCCUCCCCCGGAGCCGACGGACCCUCUCUGACCAGCAGAGGCGCCAGUAAAGGCACCUCCUCAGGCCCCCCCACCUCCCUCCCCCUGGGCUCCCAGCCGUCAGCAGGAGGAAGUGGCACCCUGUCCAAGAAGAGGGCCCCACCUCCUCCCCCGGGACACAAGCGCACGCUCUCCGACCCCCCCAGCCCUGUGCAGCAGAGCAAAGGCAGCGAGUCGACUCCGCCGCCAACGAGCAGGACUUCACCCGCCAACAAGUUCGAGCAGCAGCAGAGCACUACAUCAAGCAACACUAAAUCCACACUUGGUCCAAGGGUUUUACCUAAACUACCUCAGAAAGUGGCACUGCGGAAGAUCGACACAAUCCACCAUCCUUCAGUGGACAAGCCCGGAGGCUCCUGCCCAGAGCUGCUUCAGAAGCAGCUGCAGUCAGUAGAGAACAACCCCAGGCCCUCUGACCUCCCUGCUAGAGCUCCUCAGCCUGCAGAGAGACCUCAGCCUGCGGAAAGACAUCAGCCUGCAGAGAGACCCCAGCCGGCAGAGAGACCCCAGCCGGCAGAGAGACCCCAGCCGGCAGAGAGACCCCAACUUGGAGACCUGCCCCCUAAGCCCCAUGUGUUAGACCUCCCACCCAAGCCCCAGCUCUCCGACUUGCCCCCGAAGCCUCAGCUGUCAGACCUGCCCCCGAAGCCUCAGCUGUCAGACCUGCCCCCCAAACCUCAACUCAAGGACCUCCCGCCCAAACCCCAGCUGGCCGACAUGCCCCCGAGGCCCUCGGUCUCGGAGGCCACCGCAGCAGCCAGACAGGCCCCGCAGGAGGAGGCCACAGCAGCACCCAGGCUGCAGCAGCAGGCAGAAGCACAGUCCUCCACCCAGCAGGAGGAGCUGUCUCCCCGACAGGCCAGUGAGGACACCAACGGUGCACCGGGCGGGGCAGUGGAGAUGCCGGUGCCACUGCCACGCAGGAUCAACUCGGUCAAGACCAAAUCCAAGCGGGUGAAGACCAUCUAUGACUGUCAGGCGGAUAACGAAGACGAGCUGACCUUUGCCGAGGGAGAGGUCAUCAUGGUGACAGGAGAGGAGGAUCAGGAGUGGUGGAUUGGACACAUAGAAGGCCAGCCUGAGCGGAGAGGCGUAUUCCCCAUGUCCUUUGUGCACAUUCUGUCCGACUGACAGUGUGACUGAACAGUGUGAGGCCCCUCUCUCCCCUCCCUCUCUCUCUCUCUCCCUCUCUC